GCGUUGAGGCCGGAACGGAGCCGGUCGUCGCCGGAAAGAAACCUACUCGUAGCUGCUCUGGUUUCCUCCCUACGUUCGACCCGGAAACGAACACCACAAGAUCAGAGAACCUUCCUCAAUUAUUAACCAUCCUGUUCUUCACUGAAGGAUGAUCAGACGAAAAACUCGUAGAGUUUACAUCGCGGAUUGCACAUGGCGCGUCCACUUCUUCCGAUCACGUACCAGCACGCGGGUAUCUUCAUCAACAUCUCAACCUUCUUCUUUUCUUUUUAACCUUUGCAUCCGACUGACGAUGUGCUAAUGACGAUGAUCAUCGAUCAUCAGCGGCGUCUUCCCCAUUGGAGCAAUGGAUGAAGCGGUUCGAGGAGGCGGAGAGGCUCGUGGCCGACGUCGUCGAGAGGAUCGCGGAGAGGGAGUCCGUCUCGCCGUCGCUGCCGCAGGAGCUGCAGCGGCGAACCGCCGAAAUCAGGAGGAAAGUCGCGAUUCUCGAGACCAGGCUUGACAUGAUGCAGGAAGACCUUUCUCAACUCCCAAACAAGCAACGCAUGUAAGUAGUUAAGCAAGCCACACGUGAUAUUGCAAUUGGACGAUAGUAUAUUGAUCAAAUUGGCCUAAACGUAACGUUAAUUUUGUUUGCUUAAACCUGGCAGAAGCCUGAAAGAGUUGAACAAGCUAGCAGCCAAGCACUCCACUCUGAGCUCCAAGGUGAAGGAGGUUGGCGCUCCGUUCACCCGGAAGCGCUUCUCCAAUAGGUGAAUUUGCAAGCUUAUAUACUCCACUAGUUUAACCGCUUGCAGCUUCAGCUGAGUUCCAACAAGUCUGAACUCUGAACUUUACGAUGAAACACUUCUUCCUACUUGUGUCUUUCUGAAUCUUUAUUUAGGAGCGACCUGCUUGGACCGGACGACAACCACGCAAAGAUCGAUGUAAGCAGCAUUGCCAAUAUGGACAACCGUGAGAUCAUUGAGUUGCAGAGGAACGUUAUUAAAGAGCAAGACGACGAAUUGGACAAGCUGGAGGAGACGAUAGUCAGCACCAAGCACAUUGCGCUGGCGAUCAACGAAGAGUUGGAUCUGCACACUAGGUUGAUUGAUGACUUAGACGAGAAAACAGAAGAGACAAGCAACCAGCUUCAGCGUGCGCAGAAAAAGUUGAAAUCUGUAACAACACGCAUGAGGAAAAGCGCUUCCUGCUCAUGCCUUCUCCUGUCGGUUAUUGCAGUUGUAAUUCUUGUAGCUCUAUUAUGGGCUCUCAUCAUGUACUAGUAAUAGUGUCACAAAGACAUCAAAAGAAGGCAUCAACGCGUUAUGAAUACGCAGAAGAUACAUAACAGUGCUCUAGUCUGAAUCCAACCAAACAGGUCUGCAUUCUUCAGAAAAGGGGGUGAAAUGAUCUUGUAAGUUGUAAGUUGGUGGACUAUUGUCACCAUCACUCACAUGCAUUUUACAAUCUUGGCCACAUCCACAUGUGCAGUACUUUACAAAACCUAUAGGAUGCCCUAUCCCUGCAGGACGAUCUCAUUUGUGUUCCUAUUUUACAGGUCAAAGAAACGUACGCCCCAGUGCCCCACUAGCAUAAAAACUAUCACACUUGUGCUGCCCUUCACCGAUCCCUGCCCUAUGACAUGCCCUGCAAAGGGCAAAACUACCUCGAUCAGCACCAUUUGCACGCUUAACCACAUGAUGGCUGCCAUUUUUAUAUCCAAGCCUCUAGAACUCCAUGCACGUUCGGUUCUGUCCCUAGCACAUGAGACAACUAGCCGGAUGCCUUGACCGAUCUUGAAGCAACUGCAGUUUUUAAUCCUCGCAGGCACUGUCCCAGUUUAAAAUCCCUCAUCCGAGUAAUCUCCUAUCCCUUGGUAACAAUGACAAAUUAAUUUACAACGCCACUCGUUUAGUGGUUCAGUGGUCACUACUACAAUGGCACCAAACAACAGAUGGUCAAUCGCAAGUCGCAGCCAGGGUUAAACCUAUCAGUUUAGCCGAUUUGAUCGGUGCUCACCGAAAUACCGAAAUUUCUGAAAU